GUAUUUCCUGUGUUGGUUGGCAGGAGGAAAAGAAGCAGGCAACACAGAAGUGUAUUUAUUGAGUUGUAUCAAGAAGGCAUUUCAUCAUGAAGAAACAGGACACAGAAGAGUCGUCCGCGCAUGGCAGCGAUGCAGCACCUGGCGCUGGAGAGAUGGAGGGAAGCAAGGCGGCAAAAUACGUUACGGAGACCAGAAGCCCAAAAGACGUUACGGAGACCAGAAGCCCAAAAGAGGUUACAGAGGCUGGCAGCCCUAAAGAGUCAGAGAAGGACACACCUUCACAAGCUGAUGGGGCUGAAAGUGCAGUGGCUGAGACGGUUGCCGUUUCCAACACAGCAGAGUCUGCAGCCCUCCUCACGGUCCCAACUAUAGCAGACCCUGCCCCAGUCCCAGUCUCCACUAUAGCAGACCCUGCCCCCCUCCCAGUCGCCACUAUAUUAGACCCUGCCCCCCUCCCAGUCGCCACUAUAUUAGACCCUGCCCCCCUCCCAGUCUCCACUAUAUUAGACCCUGCCCCCCUCCCAGUCUCCACUAUAUUAGACCCUGCCCCAGUCCCAGUCGCCACCAUAGCGGAGGGGGUGUCUUCUCAGUGUGACAUGGUUGAGGUGCUGAGCCGCCAGCUGGAGGACAUCCUCAACACCUACUGCCUGGAGGACAACGGGGAGGACGGGGUUAACCUGCCCAACGGCCAAUCACACGGCCCCAUGCUCAACGGCCUGGCCAAUGAGAAGGAGCUGGACGUCAAGCCGGAGGAGGUCAAAGUGAAUGCCGGCGGAGCGGAGAAAGUGAAGAGUCAAGAGAAGAAGAAGGUUAAGGGGCUGGGUAAAGAGAUCACCCUGCUGAUGCAGACCCUGAACACUCUGAGUACACCAGAGGAGAAACUGUCAGGCCUCUGUAAGAAGUAUGCUGAGCUGCUGGAGGAUCAGCGGAACAGUCAGAAGCAAAUGCGUGUCCUGCAGAAGAAACAGUCUCAGCUGGUGCAGGAGACGGACCACCUGAGGAAUGAACACAGCAAGGCCAUCCUGGCGCGCAGCAAACUGGAGUCACUCUGUAGGGAGCUGCAGAGGCACAAUCGCACACUCAAGGACGACGGGAUGCAGCGUGCACGUGUGGAGGAGGAGAAGAGGAAGGAGGUGACAUCACACUUCCAGGUGACUCUGUAUGACAUCGAGGCCCAGAUGGAACAACAUAAUGAGAGGAAUGCCAGUCUGAGGCAGGAGAACUCUGAGCUGGCAGAGAAGCUCAAGAAACUCAUCCAACAGUACGAACUACGAGAGGAGCACAUUGACAAGGUGUUCAAGCACAAGGACCUGCAGCAACAGUUGGUGGACGCUAAGCUACACCAGGCUCAGGGCCUGCUCAUAGAGGCAGAGGACCGCCAUCACAGAGAGAAGGACUUUCUGCUGAAGGAAGCAUUAGAGUCUCAGAGGAUGAGUGAGCUGAUGAAGCAGCAAGAGGUGCAUCUCAAACAACAGCUGUCCUUAUACACAGAGAAGUUUGAGGAGUUCCAGAGCACUCUUUCAAAGAGCAAUGAGGUGUUCACCACCUUCAAACAGGAGAUGGAGAAGAUGACGAAGAAGAUCAAGAAGCUGGAGAAGGAGACGACCAUGUAUCGCUCCAGGUGGGAGAGUAGCAACAAAGCCCUGCUGGUCAUGGCUGAGGAGAAAACGCUGCAGGACCGUGAGUUUGACGGCCUCCAGGGGAAGGUAGGGAGGCUGGAGAAGCUUUGCCGGGCACUGCAGAACGAACGCAAUGAGCUCAGCAAGAAGGUCCAGGGCCUGAGCGCCGGCCCCGAGGACGACAGCCCAGGAGAUGAAUCCACCUCCCUCCCCCCCAUAGACUCCCAGGAGCCCAGCCCAGACCCCGACACCACCACCACCCCUAGCUCCCCCACACCCUGCUGCCACUGCGGCCCAGAGUUGGACACUGAGAACCAGGCCUGUGCAGCCCCCCUCACUGCCCAGGAAUGAGACCUCUCGCCUGGGCAACACUGCUCACAGUCUCUCUCCUCUUCACCAACCAACUACCAGCCUGCAAGCCAAGCCACUACUAACGUAGGAGUUAAGAGUGUGGGUCUGUGUCAUUCCCUCCGGAAUAAGAUGAAGUUGUCCCCUAACCACAGAUCUAGGAUCAGUUUCGCUAACUAAAACCAAUAGGGCGGUGCAAGAGAACCUGAUCCUGGAUCUGCAGUCAAGUAGCGGCUUCUACUUACUCUGGUUCCUCCUGGAGAGUUGGUGGUGGUCAGUCAGGGAACCUUCUUGAAGGUUCUUAUCCUGCGUUUUGGUCUUUUCUUCUUUUCCGUUCCUUUUGAGAACUCCAGUACACAAUGCGUCCUAAAUGGCUCCCUAUUCUCCAAAUAGUGCGCUAUGUUUGACCAGAGCCCUAUUUUGUAGGUGUGUGCUUGUCUCCAUUGGUCUCUUUCUUUUGUGUGUGUGUGUGUGUCUGUGAGUCAUAUAGAGAUGCAGAUGUAGGACCACAGUUGGACUUCAACCCAGAGCAUGUAGGGAUCACCUUUCAGUUCAAAGAGCGGUGUGUGUGUGUGUGUAUAUCUCUAGGUUGGGGAUAUCUUGAGAAGAGUCACUUUCUUUCAUUAAUUCCGUUAUAGAUGUCCUUGUUUAUCCUAAAGGUCCAGAGAGUGAAUGGAUUAUGUAGAUAUUCUUUAUGAAUCAUGCCCAAUCGGUGGAUCCACACAAAUUACUCUUAAACCAGGUGUGUGUGUAUUCACUAGGAACCAACGGGAAGCAAACAGAGCAAAACAGGGAACUUGUCCAAUAAGAAACGUGUUUUCCGUUGCAAUAUGUUUUGCUACGGUGUGCACUAAUGAGUAGACCCCAAGAAAAGAGGAAAUAGUCUUGUGGUUAUGGUUUGUUUCUUUAUAUCAUACGUUGUUGCACAGACAGCACAGCAGAGUUUGUAGACUGUAUUUGUUUGAUAUUAUCUGAGUUAUUUUAACACUUGUGUAUCUAACGGAGAAACACCACUAUAUAUAUAUAUAUAUAUAUAUAUAUAUAUAAAUAUAUAAAAUCAGUCUUAUUUUCUUAAUUGUUAAGUAAUUUAGAUGUUUUUGUUUUUACCUCCUGGCUGCGUUCGUUUACUAAUUUGACGUUCGUCAUCAUUCCCACAAUAUGCAUGUAUCCAUUCCACACACUCAUAUUCCUUGUUUUCAAUUUCAUUCUACAACAUUUGAUCCAAUGGAAAUGUUUUACUAUUUUUUUCAUGCUGGCUUUCCUUGUGAUCAUGAUAACUAAUGUUUAAGAUGUAAGAUUCCAUCAACACUGAAACAGAUAUUGAAAUGUGCUGACCAAGGUGGGUGAGAAUAUGUAUCUUAACAAGAUUGUUGCAUCCCAACUCGGAUAGUUUUGUUUCGUUAAUCAGGUGCAGUAAUAAAAUGUUUAAACUGAUAUUUCUUUGCAACCCCAGCCUCGCUAUUUAGUUCUGUGGCAGUUUGAUUUGACAAGCACUUAACUGAGAAUGUAUUAUCCCCUCCCUUCCUCGACACACACUGUCCUGGGGUGUAUUCACUAGGAACCAAACGUUAGGAAACAGGAUGUAACUGGGAGGGACCUAACUGAAUUUAUCCAAUAGAAACUUGUCUUCCGUUGGUUUGAGAAGGCCUACACCAAUGAAUACACCCCAGACGUAAAAACUCAGUUGACCCUAACCACAGAUCUAGGAUCAGAUUACACUAGCCCAUUCCUAACCUUGACCAUUGGGGAGGUGAAACAACUGACCCUGUAUCAGUGAUUAGUGGCAAUGUCUACCUUCUGUGUAAACCGUGUAUUUUCUUUGUACCAUGUGGUGUUCCGGUUGACACGUUUAUGACUCUGGUGCCAGUCGGCGUGAGUUCCCCAUACUGUUUAAAAAAAAUAAAAAAUAAAAACGGCAAGUUGGAACAAGUUUCUUUUCACCAUCAGAGUUAUGUCAGAGGAAGAAUAGAUAAGAUUAUUUCAAUGAAAGUAACUGCAUAAAAUCAACAAACAAAAAAAAUCUGUAGUGUGUCCAUAUUAUCACUUGCUUUGUCUUCCAUGUUUCAGAUUGCAGCAUCGGUCAGGGUCCGGGGGCUGCAGUUUGAAGAAUGCAAUGCUUUAUCUUAUUUCAUUCAUUACUACAGUUUAUCAUAAUCACACAGUUUAUCGUAAUCACAAGACAAACCUUAUUUCCUUUGUCUCCUAAGACUGACUCACUGUCUCUUGAUCCUCGCUGGUUUUAGAGAUUCAGCCGUGUUGAUCAAGUACCAAAUAUUGUGUUUCUCUUGUUUUUGUCCCCCGUUUGUUUUCCUGUACUUUUGUCUUACCCUGUAUACUUAAUUUCUUGCUCAUUAAAAUAUAUACCUGUUA